AUGGCUUCUGUGGACCUGACUCGACGAGACGUAAACGUACUUGACAAGAUCAAGGACCCCGAAUCCGAUCCCUCGGCCAACGUCCUCCUCGACCCAGCCUUACCCAGAGAUCCUCAUAUCGCUGAUACGGCCGUCUAUGAGCGUGUUAUACAGAAGGAACGUGAAAUCGUCCUAUCCAUGCAGCAACUCGAACUUCAAUUGGCAGGAUUGCGACCUAGAACUGUAUCUGAGCCGGUUCACGAGUACAAGAGCCUUCUCUCGAAGCUCGACGACUUCAUUGAAGAGUAUCCCAACUAUGCAAGCGCAAGGAACAACCGCGUACAAGCAUUGAGGCGGCUGUACGGAGACACAAUGCUGUUGGCGGGAGCACCAGCAACGCCCCAGCGACUCGUCCAUGCGCCCGAGAGCGCCGAGUUGGUCCAGUACUCCAAGAUCGCCCUGGAAGACACUGAGAAGUCCAUCUCCCUCUUGACGCCGCGUACGAUGUUAGGCGCGAUGUCGCCUCAAGCAGCCAAAACCCUGUCGUUGGCGUACACCCAGCGCGCCGCCAUCUACCACAUGACUGCUAAGCUUGUCGAAGAGCACAGCGUUCAGGUCGCGGAGGGGAGACGGGAAGCUCACUGGACGAAGCUCGCAUUCGAAGAGGCGGCAUCCCGGGACUUUGCCUAUGGCGGAAGAUACGGCAAUGAGAUUGCCAAGGGUCUGGCAGUGAGCACGAAUCCCACAGCGAAGCUGUGCGGGCAGAUGGUUCGGGAGGCGAUGAAGAAGGAGUAUGGGCCGUCCUACGGCGAGUAA